AUGAAGCUCGUUGGAAAGCGCAAACCCAGUUUCGUGAUAGGCUACCGCGCCUUUGGCCGCUGUCGUGCGCCGUAUCGGCUUAGCCCGUUUCUCCGGCCAACUUUUCUUGCGCGGACGCCGUCCAGCUUUCCAUCGACCAUUGAACAAGAUGGCGACCGCCAGGCUGUCACCAACGGCGAAUCUUCUGCGCAAGAGCCGCCGGCGUCCAAAGCCGUGUUCGAAUCCAACACCUCCACCCUCCCUCACCCCAUCCGCGCUUCGAUCGUCACUCCGCAAAAGGCCCUAGCUAGAGGCGAUUGGGGUCUGAAGCGGCCGUUGCCAGCUAAGUCGACAUCGGAAAAGUCAUCAAGACCCAUCGUCCGGUUGCAGGCCCUGGACACUUACGAACAUGUCACCGAUUUCGAGUCCGCGGCCGAUCACACCCUGACCCUGGAGAAGUUCCAGGAACUACAUAUGCCCAUGUCGCUUCCCUCAAAAGUCAACUACGCGACAAGCAUCGUUCCUAGACACCAGAGCCCGUUCGAAACGUUCGUCGACAACACGGAAAAAAGCCAGAGCCUGGCAGAGACCGGUGCCAAGCAGUAUAGACAAUCCGGUCCCUGGCUUGGUGGGUUGAGCGAGGCGGAGUUUGUGACCUAUCUGGAUCAAGUACGCUCAAAAAAGCCAGAGCUCCUUGUGCAGUUGAGAGAGCGGCUUGAAGCCAAACGUUUUGCCGAGGCCCGGAAACAGGCCCAGGACAACGGGGAGGACUUUGAAUUGAUCGAGCCCGUCAAGGUUACCGACGAGGAGUUCAACAUAUAUAUCAAAACCCUCAGAAAUGAUCCGUUUGCUCUCGGACCGGUUGUCGAGCGGAUCGGACGCAAGUAUUAUCAAUCCCCCGGAACCAAACUGUCAGCGUCCGAAUACUCUGUGACCGGACCUCCCAAGACACACCCUUCCGCUGGUCUCUCCUACACACGAUCCCACGCUUUGACGUACAACCACCCCGAGCAUGGUCCGCAGGCAUUCCAGCGCCCUGUUGAGGCCCGUAUCUUGCGCCCCAAGGGCCGGUUCAAGGGACGUGUUUCAAGGGCGAUUGCCGGUGUCGGUGGUAUUGCCGUUGAAGAUUUGAAUGCUAUGACCUUCAUCGACCAAGGCACACCUCCUGGUCUGACUUUCUUCGAUGCGACUAUUCCUGGUGGUGCCAAGUACUGGGUUACCCCAAUCCGCGCUGCUGUUGGUUCUGAUGGCAGAAUUGGGCUAUCAUCCUACCGUGCCAGUGCAACUGCCAAGGCACCGUACGGCAUUCAGGAUUUUAAGAAGCCUGGUAUCACAAGUAUCUCGGAAGCCGCUCGACGGGACGCCAACGUCGUGCCUCGUUUGGAUCGACCCCGUUUCAACCAGGGUCGUUUCAGGCCUUCGCCUGACAAUGUAUCGAGGUCACCUGAGAAGUCGAAGGAGGACCUUGUCAACAGCCUCAUGCAAGACUUGAAUGCGUCGCGAUAA